CAUUAGUUCACUUCAAUCAUUCGUUCGUUAUAUGAUGUACGAAGUAGUGGAAUUAAUACAAUAUUAAGACGAAAAAUAUCAUAAAACCUAGAAAGAACAGGUUUUUUUUAUUUUCCUUACAAGGUCAUUUAUCUCUUAAAAAGACCACUAAUACUCGGUUAAAGUUUUAGUUUGAAUUUCUCAAGAAACAAGUAGAUUUGGUCUUUUGUGAAUACAACAGAGUGAAGUAGGACUUUUAACGGGACACCGACUUUAUUAUAUUGGACCACAAACGUUAUUAUGCCUCAUGAUUUAAAAGAACUGGGUGUGAGGAAAGCAAUAAUGGCUCCCUUAUCACCGACUCCGUGUGCUGAGAUCAGUGAUGAUGAGCUGGUCUCCAUAUCAGUACGAGACCUCAACAGGCAGCUUAAAAUGAGAGGGCUCACAAGGGAUCAGAUUGUCAGGAUGAAACAACGUCGUAGAACACUAAAAAAUCGCGGUUAUGCAGCCUCGUGUCGCAUCAAGAGGAUAGAGCAAAAAGAUGAGUUAGAGACUGAGAAGAGUCAGGAGUGGCAUGAUAUGGAAUUGAUGCAAGAAGAAAACAACAGAAUCCGCGAAGAGAUCGAAGCCCUCCGAAGCAAGUAUGAUGCGUUGAAGCGAUUCGCUAUAAUGAAGAGCAUCCCGCUACCACCAGAACUAGAUGUUAUGCCCUAAUAUACAGUGAUAAGAUAUGGGACUUAUUGUAAGUUUUAUAUUUAAUAAACAAGUUGUGAAUAAGUUAUUAGUGAAUAGACGAAGGAAAUGUAAAUAGGUCAAGUUCAUCAUGUAACCACAUUGGUAUGAACAUUAUGUAAAAUUUGACAUUUCAAACUAAUUUAAAAUGAUAGUUUAAAAUCAAAUGAAAUUAUACUUUACACAGUGAAUUAUUGAUUCUUAAGAUUUUACGGACACCACUCACGCUUAAACAGGUUCAAAAUGCGUCUUAAUCAACACAUUUGCCAAAAAAUGCAUUUACGGAGGUUUUCCACAUUGUUUGAAAGUGCAAAAUUACGCACCAAACAACAGAGCAUGCAGUAAAAUUUUUACCGCACGCUCCGGUUUAUGGCAUCGUGCGUAUCCUUUAUGGUUUUUUUUAUAUAGAUCGAUUCUCCUUGGAAGCUCUUUUGAUCCAUACGUGUGGCUCAGUUUAAUACAAAAAAAAGGAAAACAGAUCCGAAAGAUGUCGUUCUAAUUUUCACCACUAGCACGUGCCGCCACGUGGAAAUGCGCGCCAUUUUCGUCAUAGAAAAAGUUUAGUUUCAUUAAUUAAAAAUUAUAAUGUUUUCUCGUAAAUGUGCUGAGAAACGUUGUAUGAUAUACUUGCGGUAUUGGUAUUUACAAACUCUAUGGUGACAUUUCGUGACAUUCAUCUACUCGUUUGUAAAAAUCAAUUUAUCGCACUAGUUAAUCAUAAAUAACUAUUUUGACUUUUUUAGAAUAGAAUAGAAUAGAAUUAGAAUAGAAUUAAUUUAUUCAUAAACAUAGGUACAAUAGUGAUGUUACAAUAAAAGUAUUAGUCCUGUCUAUGUUUCACCAUUCUGGUAUAUGAAUUUAUGAAGUUAUUUAUAUAUUAUUACAUUAUUUACAAUACCUGUUAUAACAAAACAUUAAAAAAAAAAAAAGUAUCAAAUGUUGAAAAGAAAAAAAACAAAUAAUACCUAUAUAAUAAUUUUACAAAUGUCAAAAAUUUAUAUUACAUCCGCGUAUUAAAAUUAAGUUAAAUUACAUAAUUGAAAUGUCAAAAUAUCAAGUUGUCAGUAAAAAAUCCUUAAUGUCAUAAAAGCAUUUGUCAAUCAAAAGUUUAGACAAUACAGUUUUGAAUUUAAGGUCGUCUAACUUUUUAAGACUAUCAGGCAAUUUAUUAUAUAGCCGUGGAGCCAUGGUUACUACACUCUUCUCCAUCAUAGCCGUUUUACAAGGCAGAGUACGGAUAUACGGCUUUCUUGGGCGUAGGCGGGAAUCUUUUUCAGGCUCUAUUACUUCAAACAAGUUUGGAUUACAUUUAAUAAAUGUACAGCAUUCAAAAAUAUAGAGGCUAGGAAAAGUUAACAGUGCUAAAGAUUUGAAGAAAGGUUUGCAACUUUCUGUGGGUUUCAGUCUACAUAUUGCUCGAAUGCACUUUUUUUGGGCUCUAAAUAUAAUUUCUCUGUAAGAAGAAUUGCCCCAAAAAAUAAUACCAUAUCGUAGUGUUGCAACAACAUAGCCAUGAUAUGCCAUAAGCAAUGUCUUUCGAUCAACUGACUUAGACAACAUGUACAGGGCAUAUGAGAAUUUAUAUAAUUUUUUACAUACAUCUAUGGAAUGAGAUUCCCAGGUCAUAUUACUGUCAAUAUGAAUCCCCAAGAAUCGAGCAGUGUCUGUUCUAUGGACAUUUACUCCUUUAAUUUCAAUGUCAGAGAUAAGAGUAGGUUUUCUUUGAGAAAAAUGCAUUAUGUUAGUCUUCUUUAAAUUAAUUAUAAGAUUGUUAUUGUUUAACCAGUUUAUUACGUUUGUCACAGCACCAGAUAUGUCAUUACUAUAGUCAAUGUUUUCAUUUCUUUCAAUAAAAAUGGUACUAUCGUCAGCAAAUAAUAUCAUAGGAUGACUAGUACAGUUUAUGAUGUCAUUAAUAUAAACUAAGAACAAUAAUGGCCCUAGUACGCUGCCUUGAGGUACGCCAUAUUUAACAACUUUGUUUUUUGAUAUAUAUUUCUUUUAUUAACUUUAUUAAGCAUGUAACUGCUCUAUGUUUAAAUCUAAAGAAAAUUUUGAUCAUCAUCAUCAGCCUAUUAUCACAGGCCUGAAAAUAUUACUGGACAAAAUUCCACGCGGACCAGGCAGCAGACAGGACUCGAACCCGCACCCUUCGCUAUUCGGGCGAAUAAACAGACCAUUAUGCUACUGCGGCCCUGAUGGCCGUGUCGAAUUCUUUCUAGCCUUUCUUAAGCUGUAAGGCAGCGCCAUGUCUUCGCAUUGUAGAUAACCCACAAUGCCAAAUUAUAAUACCUUAAAUCUAAAGAAAAUUUUGAUCAUCAUCAUCAUCAUCAGCCUAUUAUCACAGGCCUGAAAAUAUUACUGGACAAAAUUCCACGCGGACCAGGCAGCAGACGGGACUCGAACCCGCACCCUUCGCUAUUCGGGCGAAUGCACUGACCAUCAGCAUAAUGGUCAGUGCAUUCGCCGCCCUGAUGACCAUUAGGUAGCGGUAGUAGGUACCUACCUGAUCUGCGUGGAAUAUUUUCCAUUAAUAUUUUCUUUAGAUUUAAAGACAAAAUUAUUGAUGACCUACUUGGUCGAGUGGUUUGUACGUCGGGUUUCAUGGUGUCGGCUACUCGAGAGGUCCCGGGUUCGAAUCCCGGUGGGGGCCGAUGUUUGUGUGAUGAAUACGAGCAUUUGUACUCCAGCUCCCUGGUCCGCGUGGAUGUUUUUCUAGUAACGUUUUCUUUAGAACUGUUUUGACGUUUGUUCGUCAAAAAGACUAUUUGAAUCCGUUUAAGCACGUUUCAUUUAUUGAAUUAUACAUUCAGGACAUAUUUUAUCUGAUGAGAAGAAUGGGCGCAAGAAACUCAUCAGCAUUUAACAGUAGUAGCAACAUUUACAAAAAAUCAUGUCGCUACUAAAGCCAGAAACAUAUUAACGUGUCGUGUCGUGGCGCGCCAGAAGCACAUCGGCACAGCACAUUUACUAUGGUUAGAGACAUAUUUAAGUGUCGUGUCGUGUCGACGCUCUAACCUCUCUAUCUCUCUCUAACCCAUAAUAAAUGUAUGAAACCGAUGCGCCACGUCACGCCACGACACGUUAAUAUGUUUCUGGCUUAAUACAACGUCCCCUCACAUUUUGAUUACUGUGACAUAUUGUAUAAAUACAAAUAUGUAUCCCGACCAGGCAGCAGACGGGACUUGAAUCCGCACCCUUCGCUAUCCGGGCGAAUGCACUGACUAUUCUGUUACCGUGACCCUGACAGUCGUGUCGAAUUUUCACUAGCCUUUCUUCAUCUGCAAGGCAGCGCCAUUUCUUCGCAUUGUAGUUAAACCACUACAAAUGUAUGUACCCAAUAAAUAGUAUCAGAUCUUAAAUUUGAGUAUGAUUAUUAUGUGUAUGUUGUAGUAUAUAAAGGUCAGUUAGUGACAUGGUCGUUUUAAGCAACAAAAUAUGUAGUUUCAAUGUCAAAUUUUACAUUAAGGUAAUGCGAAUUGAGUUGUGUGGUAUUCCCGUAGAUCUGUUUUAACCAUCCCGAAAAUCUUAAUAACAUUGUUUAUUACAUUUUGCUUAUGAGGAGCUCGAUGGUGCGGGUGGUUAUAUACGGCGCAUACGGCUGCGAUCGUUGAAGUUAAGCAACAUUCGCAGAGGUCGGUAAUUGGAUGGGUGGCCAAAAACCUUCUAUCUCGAGUUCCUCCGUGCUUCGGAAGGCACGUUAAGCAGUUGUCCUGGCUGCAUCUGCAGUCGUUAGCACCCGCCAAUCCUCACUGGGCCCGCGUGGUGGGGUCAUCAUAGCCUAAUCUCCCUAUUCCAGCCAUAGGGAAGGCCUGUGCCCCAACAGUGGGGACACUAAUAUGUUGAUGAUGAUGAUGACAUCUUGCCUAAAAAAUUUAUGCCGGUUAUAAGGCUGAGCCAGUUAUACAACUUUGCCAGUAACUUGAUUAUAAAAAUGUGUAAAUCUGUUUCUCAUCUAAAAUAAGAAAUUUUAAAAAAUGCAAGCGAUUUAGAACUUAGAUAGUAUAGUAUAGUAUAAAUAAAGUAUAAAUAUGAGUUUAAAAUUACAAGUAAGUUGCAUGCAAGUUGCUUGCAUAAUGGAAUAACUAAUGAUAGGGUUGAAAUUAAGAAUUAAUAUUAAACGAAAAAAAAUAAGAAAGCGAAAUCUCCUAGUUCUUAGUGGGAAAUAUUUAAAUGAUCACCUAAAAAGUUUUGUAUUUUCGUGGCGUCACUUCUAAUAAAAUUUGUACCAAGACGUGACGUUAUUCGACAUUUCAAACCAAUAUAUCUGCAACGGUUUGAUUAUGUGGAAAAAAAAAUACGUAUCCAAUACUUUUUGAUAAUCUACCAGGGGCAUUAUGAACGCUUAACGCCAGAACAAAAAAAAAAAGUGCGUAUUUGAUGUCUCGCUCUAACAAUGGAACUUACCUGUACCCGUAGUACGAGUUUGAGCUCACGAAAACUAUCAUAGUUUUCGUAAUUGUAAAUUAUAUUACUAUGUCCAUUUUUGUGAAAAGUAACCAAAUGUACAUAAAAUUUAAGAAGACGCAAAUGAUUUAAUGAUAGAAUUAAAAACACAGUUUAUUUGUAUUGAAACGAAAACAAUAAAAUCAGUACCCUUAGAACGGGUGCGAGCUCACGAAAACUAUCAUGGUUUUCGUAAUUGUAAAACUCGUACUAAUGGUACUGCCGUUAAAAGUUGAUGAUACGGCCCCUGAUAAUCGAAGAAAAAUAACUUGGUCAAUCACAAACCCCAUCUCUUAUCUAAUAGACAAGUCCGUCCGUCCGUCCGUGGUGCUGUUUCAGCGGCCAAACCGUAAGAGAUAGAUAUAGAGAAUGUUUAAGUUAUAAGUUAAGAAUAGUCUGAUAAGACUACAAACCUGAUGUGAGUAACGUAGCACUUCCGGUUUUCGAGAAAUCACGUGAUUUCUAUUUCAAACGAAACCACACAAAAUCUCCGAAGUUCUCAAUUAAUUAGAUACAAUUUUUUUUUUGGUGAACAUUUGGUUCACUGGUUUGCUAGUUAAGAUAUGAUCUACUAGAGGUUCAUUCGUCUCAAAGUUAAUUUGUCACGAAAAAAAGGGAGUGUUUUUACUACUAUAAGUGAUUAAGCAUAUUUCGAAUAAACCUUUCGAUUCCUAUGAAUUAUAUUCUUAUGAAUAAACAUAGUUUUAUUUUACUUUUACAAAUUUGUUUUAUAUUAAGUAGUAUGUAAGUGAAUUUAUGGUGAUAGUGUGAUAAUUUAUUUUACCAUUAAAUUUAAGAUU